AGCUUUUCUCACCUAAAAGAGCUUGAGACCUGGCUAUAUGACAAUUUUUACUUUUUUUUUAAAAAAAAAUAAUAAAUUAAAACUUUGCAUUCAUGAUGCACACGCUGGAUUUAGCAAAUUUCCCUGUUACGGACACUCUGAAGAUGCUAGCUUCGCUUCUAGAAAAGAUUACAAGUGCUAAUGACCAAUUAAAGUCACACAAUAUAAACCAUACGGAGACAUCACCCUCAACAGUUUCAGUAGCUUCCACACCUUCUUUCACGCGUUUUCAUGCUCGUUCAGUUCCUUCAAUAGAUAUUCAUUCCUAUCUUUCAAGGAUACUGAAAUAUUGUCCAACAACAAAUGAAUGUUUCUUAUCAUUACUAGUUUAUUUUGAUCGUAUGUCAAAGAAUGCCAUAGCAACAACUGGAAAACCUUUCUCUAUCGAUUCUUUUAAUAUUCAUCGUCUAAUAAUUGCUGGUAUCAUGGUCUCUUCCAAAUUCUUUUCAGACGUAUUUUUCACGAAUUCAAGAUACGCAAAGGUUGGAGGACUACCGGUAUCGGAGUUAAAUCAACUCGAGUUAGAAUUUCUCGUUUUAAACGACUUUCGUUUAGCAAUUACAGUGGAAGAAUUGCAGAAAUACGGUGAUCAAUUACUCAAACAUUGGGUAAAGGAAGAAGAAAUGAGACAAGGUUCAAAUUCGGGUAGUACGGCUUCAGAUUCUGGUUUGUCAACGUCGAUUUCUGUCUCUCGUAUGACAACCAAUGGAGACGAAAAUUCCAAUAUCAAUAGAUCGAAUAAGUCACGUGAAAAUUAGAUAGAAGGACCAUGGAAUAUUAUUUUGGGUUUUUUGAGGAUAAUAUCAAUUGUAAUGAUAAAUAGAGAUGUAAUUAAUAUUUUCCACAAUUUGUUUGAUUAGGUGACAAGAAUUCAUUAAAAUGAAGAUAAUUCGAUUAUUUUAAAUUUAAGAAAUGGAUAUUUUAUUGGAUUUGCACAAAUUUGUGCCGUGGGUGGGUUUUUUUUUAAUUUUUUUUUGAUUACUUGACAUUUUAAUUUCAUCAUUUUAUUA